AUGGCGUUCCAGCCAAAUGAGCGUGUUGAUCAUGCCACCGCCAGCUUGAUGUUACAGACUAUCAGGGCGGACAUUGAAAGGGAACUGGCUGAAAUGACUUCUCAGUCAGCCGGCGGGGUUCCGGACCCCCAAAUGGAAGACAGACUAACAGCUCUGCUCCUAUGGAAGAACGAACUGGAAGAACGCACACUGGGGCGCGGCCAAAUCCACAUGGCUCUCGGUCUGCCCACAGUGGAACCACCGGUACAACAUGAGUGCGCAGCUUGCUUGGGACUGUUUUAUGUGGUUGAGAUGCUUACCACCACUUGCUCACACCGUUACUGUGAUGGAUGUGUAGUACGCCUUCUCGAGACCUCACUGGCAGAUGAGAACUUCUUUCCUCCUCGAUGCUGUCACCAACCCUUACCACUUGAAGAGGCACGAUGCUUUAUCGACGAUGAAACGUGGGCACGAUACACGGAGAAGCAGAUCGAACACAAUGACCAGUCACGCACGUAUUGUUCGAAUCCAACUUGCUCGCGGUACAUCCUGCCCUCCGAUGUCCGCGGAAAUUCCGGGACCUGCAGGUCAUGCUUUCGCCGAACAUGCAUAGGGUGCAAACUGGUUGCUCAUACCGGCCAGUGUCCUGAUCCAGACGAAGAGGUUCUUGUCCUCGCACGAGAGGAGGGAUGGCGGCGCUGUCCGAACUGCGGCCAUAUGGUCGAGCUUCGCAGUGGAUGUAACCACAUCACAUGCCGCUGUGGCUACGAGUACUGCUAUUUGUGCUCUGCCAAAUGGAAACAGUGUGAUUGCGCAAGGUGGGAUGAGGCCAUGCUUGUAGAGCGGGCUGCAGCCGUCGCGGCUCGACGCCAGGCGCUUGCCGAUGCGGAGGUGAUUCCCGAAAGGGCUUUCGAGCUCGACUUUGAGGAUUGUGAUCAUGAGGGGGAUUGGGUCAGUAUCGCGGGUGAGGCAGAGUGUGAAGAGUGUGAGGACGUCCUGCCGUACUAUAUCCUUGAGUGCCCAGACUGCGGGUACCAGGCUUGCGAGAGAUGUGUAUGGCACGUUCUUUGA